AUGAUAACGCAAAUCCUAUCACAGAGCGGCAUCGGCGCCGAGUUGGCCCGGCGUCUGCACAGAAAAGGCUACCUAGUAGCCACAACCGCCCGUCGUACACUCGAGUCGGAGCAUCUCGUAUUCCCAGACACCGUGUGCAUCGAUGUCAACCUCAAGGCCGCCAUAUGCGACACGGUACUUGUGGUGCAUUUCAUGAGGCAAAACAGGCCUGCCAAAGAAGGGCGGAUUGUCGUCGUCACCAGCAUGCUUGCCCAACAAGUAGGCGUGAUGUUGCCUGAGUACGCUGCUUCCAAAGCCGGCGCGCAGCAAUGGGCUCAAAGCAUCGCCCCCGUUUUACAGGUUAGAGAGAACAUCACCGACAACGUUGUUUCGCCUGGCGCAUACAAUACCGACAUCAAGGCAGGAUUCCUGGGAGCUUCCAGGCCAGAGCACCUCUGCAUCAAGAGGGGCAUGAUGGCCGCUUUUGACGAGUUCUUGGACGAGGACAAGGGUGAUCGAACCGGAAUGGUUGCUGAGCUGACGCAUGAUUCGCUGCACUUCCACGAUCUGCCGCCGACCAAAGCCGGGGAACUUUCCAGGAGAAGCCCCCGACCUUACGAACCAUGGUUCCAAGUCAUUCAUGGCGAGCAAUCUGGGCUGUCCAGGGGGAUUAGCAGCUCCCAUCUCGAAGGCGGGGAUGGCGGCAAUGUCAAGAUCAUUGCUGUCACCGGAGCCACAGGUGCGCAGGGUGGUGGCGUCGUGAACAUUAUGAAGAACACCCACAGAUGGCGCGUACUAUCCCAAAACCUCGCCACCUUUCCUUCUAUCAUGAUGAUCCUCCAUCCUGUGCUGGGAAAAUACAUUCAGACGUUCCCCACGAGACCAGAUGCUACUGUGUUGCUCUCAGGAAGCAUGGAGCUUAGGAUUAAGGAGGCCGAGGUUGUCGGGUUCAAGGGCACUAUCGAGGGACUGCACACUAUGGGCGCCUGGGGCUGA